AUGAAACCCGCCCAGGCUGCCGCCGGGCCUACGACAUACGAUGCAACUCAAAUCAGUCCUCCACAGUAUGGCUAUCCCAUCGCCACUAGUGCGCCCCAGCGGGUGCCCAUCCUUUCGUCACAGUAUAGUGUGGAAAGGCGCACGCCAGACGACGCGGAGCAUGAGAAGGUGAAACGUGAGAAGGACUCGCCAGAUCAGUUGCAUUCAGCACCAAAGUAUAACGUGGAUCACCAGUCAAUAUGCUUCUUUGUCAACUUGUUUUGCUACCAAGGACAGAAGCGCUACGACUUCCCAGUGCUUGACUUCUUGCCAAGCAUGAUGGAAGACUUUGGAUCCGACUCUGCUGCAUCGAAAGCUGCGCUGGCUGUCUCGAGAAUGUCGCUUGCUGACCAGUACAGCGGCACUGAUGUGAGACUACAGACCGGACAUGAAUACGGGGAAGCCCUGGUCAUGGCCUCGAAGCGAUUGAGGGACCCAACGAAAGCCUACGAUGAUGACACCUUCUUAGCUGUCUGGCUGUUGAGUACGUAUGAGGCGGUCCAGUCCAUCCUCAACCAUAGGCGUAUAGGUCAGACGCGGACUCUGGAGGAGGAAUGGCAAUCGCAUAUUUCGCACGUUCGAGGUGCCAUGCAAUUGAUGAAGAUGAGAGGAUCAUCUCAAUUGAGAACGCCUCAAGGCGAGAAGAUGUAUCGAGUAUUCAAGGCAGCCAUACAGAUGCGACUUUUCAUACUCAACUCUGUCACAAGCCGCGAAUUUGAUGAGAUGGAGAUGGACGUCUGGAAGGAAGAGCACGAAUUCACUCCGUCGAAGACUGCCAACACGGCAACAGCCUUUUUCCAUAAGGUCGCACGACUUAUAGAGAAGAUCAACGCCUUUCUGUUCGCUCGACGGCAGUCUGACGACGACGAAGCCUUCAUUAAGCAGGCCAACGAGUUCAUUAGCUAUGGUGAAUCUGUCGACAAGGAAAUGGUGGACUGGAGCAAACACGAAGACUAUUGGGACAGCAUGCCAAUUCAAUCACCAGCCAAGGGCACGACAUGGGCAAUAUAUCCGACACUCGCGCAGUGUUGGUUCUUUUCGCCAUGGGUAUACCUGUACUGGAUCAGAUUUCAUAUCGGGAGGCUGAAGCUUUAUGAGGCGUUGAUUGAGCUGUCUCAGAUGAAUGCGACCAGCCCUGCUGCCACAGAAGCGACGAAACUGGCGGACAGUUUGCAGAUCGAGAGCUACAAGCUUCAUAUUCGAAGCGCGGCAUCAGCAUUGAUUGGAAUGACAGCUUAUGCAAUUGGUGAUGUUUCGAACAGAGGCACGUUCAAUUCUGCAGCAUCUGGCAAGUGGCCUGGAAGGACGUUCCAGGAAAUCAACGUCGUUGCUGCUCUGCAGCUGGUCAUACCGCUGAAGGCAUGUCUGCGGUCUGAGCAUACGACGGCCGAUCAGAAGGGUGCAAUAGACCUGGCAAUUACACAUAUUGGUGAUGGUCUGAGGCGGCAGCCUCUUCAUGUCGCAUAA